UAUGUUCUGCGGGACGGAUGUAUUUUAUCUGCGCGGUGAAUUUUGGAAUUUUUCUCUGAUAUUCGAAAAUUUUGAUAUAUUUUUUUGAGUGUCAAUAUUUUUUUGAAUUCUAGAACAGAAUUUUUUGAAUCUCGGUUUAGAAGUGAAUAGAAAAACAGAAUAAUUUGUUUGGCCAAAUCAGUGACACAAAAAUUAAAUUAAAAAAUCACGAUUCUGAAAAAAAAACAAUACAAAAAUAUUUUGGAUUUUGUGAAUUUUGUGAAAUAAUAAAUAAAACAAAAAAUUAGUGCAGUGUUGUAACUACUUUUUGUUGUUGUUGUUCUUUUUUCUCAAACGAAUUUUCGAACAAUUUUUUUGGAUUAUCACAUUUUCGAAUUGUAAAAAAAGAUUCUUUUCUUUUUUCAAAAUGUUGAAAUGGACAGUGAGCGGUCCUUAUAAGCAGACGUACUUGCCAACAGUUGCAGAAAAUACAACCACCACCACCACCACCACCAACAAUAACACAAAUCAUGAUCAAGAUUACAUAAUACGCCGUAGGAGUACAACAACUACAACAACAAUAACUGCAGCAACAACAGCAGUGGCAGAUGUGCCGUCUUCAAGUCGCCGACGUUGUUCCCUACCAGCAAAUUCUACCGCAGCAGUGCGGAGAGUAAGUCGAAAAUUAUCAGAUAAUUCUUCACUGAGGAGAAAACUGCUUGUGGGACAUGACAAAGAGAAUCAUUUGACAUCAACACCUUUGCCAUUAAGUAUGCGGAAUGCAAGUCCUUUAAGAAAGUUAGGCUCCCUGAAAGACCUUAGCAAUAUUACCCCGGAUAAGUUUGUAGCGAGUCCAGUGCAGACGCCGAAGAGAAUCGAAACACCACCUAAACUACAAUAUGCAUCGACACUGCCAACAUUCGGUGUGGAGUACUCCCCUUGUGAACUGGUACCUGGACCGAUAUUAGCUCUACGAGGAAUAGGAAUAGCCGAUAACUACUUUGAAAAACCCAGAUAUCUUACCCACGAAUUUAAGGACCUUAAUAAUCAGAGGGCCGAGAAGCGUGCAAAGAUGUCUAGUUCAGCUCCCCCACUGGCAGCGGAGGAAGAUUCAUCGCUUAGCUCAUCGAAAAUGGGCGAUCUCACUUUGGAACGUAUGAUCGAUGCAAUCCUAGAAAGUGCACGAAAAGAUCGAAAGGUCCCAAAAGCCAAGCAUCAAGCCACACAUCAGCAUGUUAUGUCUCCUACCUACACCCCAGCUGAUGAUCCUGCCAGUGAUCUGCACGAGUUCUGGGACCCUCAAAACGAAAAAUACCAGCAAGAGCAGGAUCCAUUUCCAGCACGGCAUCCGAAGACGGUCUUCAAUGAAAGGGAAGUUCGAACCCCGGAAGCUUAUGAUAAACAUGCCCCAGGCAUGGAUUUUCAAGACGCUGUAGCUUCUUGUCAACUAAGGCGCCAACGGGCGGUAAGACGAAAGCGAAAACUUACCGAACUAAAAUCAAGCGUCAAGAACUCUGCCCAAAAAUUGCUCAAACGAAGAAGUUUCGGUGAUCGCUUAGACACGCCCAAGAAAAAAGGUACAGCGAAAGCUUUGAGAAACAUCAGUCCGGAUAGCGGGCGGAAUUCUUCAAGUGAUCUAGAAGAUUGUACUCUUGAUGGAGGCAAUUAUACAAAACGAAGAUUAUCCUUCUCUCCAAAUGACUUAAAGGAUAAUUAAUUUGAAUUAAUUGCUCAGAAGAUCAGAGCAAGUUUAGAGUCUUACUUGAAACUUGGAAAAUACGUAACGUUAACAACAUCAACGUACUCAAAUGAAUUUAUUUAUUUUGUUAAUAUUAUUAUAAAGUCAAAUCUAUAUUGAGUUGAAUUAAUUUUAACCAAUUUAUAUAGUUAUGAAAAAUAGCAAAAUGCGCUUAUUAGUUUUUAGUUAAUAUUUUGUUCUUUCUUAAGUUUUUGUUUUUAUUUAAUUUAAUUUUUUAAGUUGUUUAAUUUUAAGAAAUUAUGUAAUUUGGAAAAAAGAAAUUUUAAUUAUGUGGCUUUAAUUG